GAAUAUCUGCUUUGCCCGUCUCCUACCUUUCGUUUGAUUGGAGGAGCAGUGGGGCCCACGAUGGCGUGUUGCAGGUAGGUGAGCUGGUCCGACGUGACCGAGUAAGUAAGUGGUCUAUGUAUAAGGGAUCGAUUUGAGCGAUGGGGAUUCCCGCCUCCCUUGUAGCCGAAGUAACCGCUCCACCAACGGCAAAGUGGCCUCGUCACCGUCGUGAAACACCGGUCUUUAUUUAGUCUCUCUCUCUCUCUCUCUCUCAAAUUCUUUGCUGGCCAGCUCCGGUGUCGAUUACUCAGGUAUUCUCUCCCCGCGCCAUGCUGAUUUACUUACGAAACGUGCAGAUCUUGGCGACACCAUAAGCUGCCAAGCCGGGAAAAAUACAACCUUCUUACCGACCAAGCAGCUGCUGGCAUUGGCGUUGCUGGUCAUGCAAAGUUGGGUCACCUCUACAUUGAAUUUUGUCCUUAUUUGAGUCAGCGGAGCGUGGACUGGUAACGAAGGUUGCAAAGAAGAAUAUAAUUCUUCAUAUGCAUGCCUGGUUCUUAAAACCUGCUGCAUUUGAGGAUUGAAAACUACAAGGUGGUGGUGGCUUACCGUGAAAUCACUCUCAAUGACUAGUGAUUGAAUUGAUGAUUUGGAUCGAAUGGGAAAAGGAUCUUCUGCACCUGGGAUCACCAAGUUCUUGCAUGGGGACUUGGACAUCUGGAUUUUAGAAGCCAGAUCACUUCCAAACAUGGAUUUAAUGACAGAGAGGAUGAGAAAAUGUUUCACUGUGUAUGGAGCUUGUGGUGUACCCUGUGGGAAACCUGAUAAUCACAGAGGCGUGAGCAAAAUCAUAACCAGUGAUCCCUAUGUUUCUGUUUGUGUAUCCGGAGCAACAAUAGCUCAAACACGAGUAAUUCCAAACAGUGAAAAUCCAAAAUGGGAAGAACACUUCCGUGUGCCAGUCGCCCACCCUGCAUCAAAGAUUGAGUUUCAAGUGAAAGACAAUGAUGUUUUUGGAGCACAACUUAUUGGAGUAGCUGUGAUUCCAGUAGAUAAAAUACUCUCGGGAGAAACAGUCAGUGGUUGGUUUCCAGUGGUUGAUCCUAGUGGGAACUCAACGAAACCAUAUCCAGAACUGCAUUUUUCCUUGCAAUUCAGAAAUAUAGAGCAAAAUCCUUUGUAUAAAGAUGGAGUUGGUGCCGGUCCAAAUUAUUCUGGUGUGCCUAAUGCAUACUUCCCUCUUCAUAAUCAAGGAAGUGUUACCCUUUACCAGGAUGCCCAUGUUCCAGAUAACAUGCUGCCUAAUAUUGCACUAGAUGAGGGGAAGACUUAUGAGCAAAACAAAUGUUGGGAGGACAUCUGCCAUGCAAUCGUGGAAGCUCAUCACCUUAUCUACAUAAUUGGAUGGUCAGUCUAUCACCGAGUGAAGCUUAUAAGGGAACCAACAAAGCCAGUGCCAAAUGGCGGGGAAUUAUCACUUGGGGAGCUUUUGAAGUACAAGACACAGGAAGGAGUUCGUGUGGUUAUGUUGAUUUGGGAUGACAAAACAUCACAUGACAAGUUUCUUUUGAAAACGGAUGGUGUCAUGCAUACGCAUGAUGAAGAAACUCGCAAGUUUUUUAAGCAUUCAAGUGUACAUUGUGUACUGGCCCCUCGUUAUGCCAGCAACAAGCUCAGCAUAUUCAAGCAGCAGGUUGUAGGAACUCUAUUUACACACCAUCAAAAGUGUGUCAUUGUUGACACUCAAGCAGGUGGAAACAAUCGGAAAAUAUCAGCCUUUAUUGGUGGACUUGAUUUAUGUGAUGGAAGAUAUGACACACCUGAACACAGGCUCUUCCGUGAUCUGGAUACUGUUUUUGGAAAAGACUUCCACAACCCUACAUUCCCUGGUACCAACCAAGGCCCAAGGCAGCCAUGGCAUGAUUUACAUUGCAAAGUUGAGGGUCCUGCUGCACACGACAUCCUGACAAAUUUUGAACAACGAUGGAGGAAAGCUACAAAAUGGAGAGAUUUCAAGCUUAGAAAGGUCACACAUUGGCAUGAUGAUGCCUUGAUUAAGAUUGAACGAAUCUCAUGGAUUCUCUCCCCUUCUGCCUACAAAUCUGACACUGAGACUUCUGAUGAAAAGGAUCUUGAAAAUUGGCAUGUGCAGAUUUUUCGAUCAAUUGAUUCAGGAUCAGUAAAAGGAUUCCCAAAACACGUACACGAAGCAGAGGGAAAGAAUCUUGUCUGUGCAAAGAACUUGAAGAUAGAUAAGAGCAUACACAGUGCAUAUGUGAAGGCAAUAAGAUCAGCACAGCACUUUAUAUAUAUAGAGAAUCAGUAUUUUGUUGGAUCUUCUUACCAUUGGCCAUCAUACAAAAAUGCAGGUGCUGAUAAUCUGAUACCUAUGGAGUUGGCUCUGAAAAUUGUCAGCAAAAUCAAGGCAAAAGAAAGAUUUGCAGUGUAUGUUGUGGUACCAUUGUGGCCUGAAGGAAUUCCUACUAGUGCUGCUGUUCAAGAAAUACUCUUCUGGCAGGGGCAAACAAUGUCUAUGAUGUAUAAAGUUGUUGGAGAUGCCCUCAAAGAGGAAGGACUUUCUGAAAGUCAUCAUCCUCAAGAUUAUUUGAACUUUUAUUGUCUUGGCAAGUGUGAACCUGUUCUAAAGGAAAAAUUACCAGCUAACCAAUCUCCAGAAAAUUCCACACAGCGCUUGUCUCAAAAAUUCCGCAGAUUUAUGAUAUACGUGCAUUCAAAAGGGAUGAUUGUUGAUGAUGAAUAUGUAGUCAUUGGAUCUGCAAACAUUAACCAAAGAUCUAUGGAGGGUUCAAGGGACACAGAAAUUGCAAUGGGUGCCUAUCAGCCACAUUACCGGUGGGCCGAAAAGCACACCCAUCCUCGUGGACAGGUUUAUGGAUAUCGAAUGUCGCUAUGGGCGGAGCACUUGGGCAUGCUGGAUGACCUCUUCCGUGAACCGCAUACCAUGGAAUGCGUCAGACAUGUUAAUAAAGUAGCAGAAUUCAAUUGGCAGUCCUAUGCGUCCCCUGAGAUCAAGGAGAUGAACGGCCACCUGAUGCGGUACCCGGUGAAGGUGGAGCGAGAUGGGAGAGUCGGUCCCUUGCCGGGGCAUGAGAACUUCCCUGAUGUGGGCGGUAAGAUUCUGGGAGCACACUCCACUCUUCCUGAUGUGCUAACGACGUAGCUGUUGCAUGGAUGGGAGGGGGAGUCAAAUCGCUAACAUGUAUCAAUCACCAAGACUUAAUUUAAGUGGUGUACUUAGCAUUUAGAAGCUUGCCUUUUACCACACCAGCUCAUACUUUGACCUGGAAAUAUGUGUAUCUUUACCGGUGGAGGAAGCAGUAUACUUAAUCUUAGAUAACGAAGCUAUAUGAAUGCCCAGUUGCAUGUGCAUUAGCACGUCA